AUGUGUCAGAUGUACAAUUACGGCUUUGUCGGCAAUGGCAUCACCUGCUAUGACCCCAAGAUCUGCGAAAGCGGCUCCUGCUGUCGUCAAGGUUACCGCUGGUCUUCGAUACUGGGUUGUGUGGACGUUGACGAGUGUUCCUUUCCUGACCAGCCCUGCGCCCCUCAGGUCUGUGAGAACACCCCUGGGUCCUUCAACUGCCUGGUGCUUUCUGACGAUAACCACCGCUCAGUCCAGCACACCAGCCCAAACGUGGACCCCCACUCUGUCCAGUUUAUGUACCACUACCAGCACUACUCUGUACUGAAUGACGCCUGGCGUGCCACGACCUACAGGGGUAUAGGGAACUGCGACAAGGAUAUCAACUUUCGGGGCUGGUAUCGCAUGUUCCUGGGGGACACCAGUGUUCAGAUGCCAGAGAGGUGUGGUACCAACAGCCCGAUGUGGCUCACAGAUCCCCACCCCCAGCUGUCGGACGGAGUGGUUCAGCGGGUUGUCUGUGGGAGCUAUGAUAGCUGCUGCCAAUAUAAACAAACCCCAAUCCAUGUCAAAGCCUGCUAUAGAAACUACUAUGUCUACAAGUUUGUCAGUCCAACGUAUUGCACCUUUGCCUAUUGUGCAGACGUCAACACUAUGGUAUGUGCUACCUGUGGAAGUGAUCAGACUUGUGUGAGUGAGGAUAAGAUCAACUGGAGAUGUGAGAGGAAAGCUCCAGAGCUGGUAUGUGGGCGGAGCCUCCUACAGGUGGGUCUCAGCAGAGCUCAUCUGGAGGCUGCUGGUAUAAACGCUACCACUGCUCAUCUGGCUGACCGGCGCUGCUCCGCCCACGAGGAUCGUAAUGGCAUGGUGUGGUACCAGGUGGAGCGCAGGGAGGGACACUGUGGAAACACAGUGAAGACAAAUGGCACUCAGGCUGUCUACUCCAACAGCAUAUUUGUUCAUCCAGUAGAUGCACAAAAUGAUUCUCCUCUUAGCUUUCCUUUCUCCUGUAUCUAUCCUCUGGAGAUAGAGAGCAGCCUGGAUGUGCCCAUCAGACCCCAUCUACCAACUGACAAUGCAGUUGUCGCAGUCGGUGCCAAGGCCAGAGCCUCCAUGUUUCUGUAUCGUAACUCCAACUACACAGAGCCUUACCCAGCUGGUCAGGCAGUCACUCUGCUUGUGGGUUCCACCCUGCAUGUGGGCGUGUCCGUAGACGAGUCAGACCCGGAGCUUUUCGUGGACGACUGCUUCACCACGGAAUCCCCCAGCACUGACAACCUCCUUCGAUACUACAUAAUUCAGGACUGCUGUCCAAGCAAUUGUACCCACGUGACAAUCGAGGAAAGCGCCUCAUCCCUCCAGGCUCGAUUCUCUGCUCUGCUGUCUGGGGGCUACCGUUACGUCUUCCUGAACUGCCGCCUCAGCCUGUGUAACCACAGAAGCUCAUCCUGCUCUCCAGUGUGUUCCAGGAAGAGGUCCCGCUCUGUGGCCAAGUCUGUCUCCCUCAACCCCCUCACCAUCAGGCCAAUCACCUGGGCCCAGAGUCUAGAAUGA